ACGAUGGCCACGCCCAUGCAGGAUGUUGGCAAACAGGUGUGGCGUGGGGCAUUAUUCAUGGUGGACUUCAUCCUCUCAAACCCAGUCAUGUUAAGAGGAGCUACAGUCCUAGAACUAGGAGCAGGGACAGGCUUGACCAGCAUCAUCACAGCAACCAUAGCUAAAGCAGUCUACUGCACAGAUGUGGGAGAAGACCUUCUACAGAUGUGUAAGAGAAAUGUAGCAUUAAAUAAACACAUGCUGAAGUCUGCAGAUCACGAGGUGAAAAUAAGACAGUUGGACUGGCUUCAGGAUGACCUCUGCACAGGUAACACAGAUAUGUCAUUUUAUAAACCAACACGCUGUGCAAAGACAGGUCUGGACACAUUUGGACAAUAA